CCUUUGUACUUGCAGUGGUGAACAGUGGUUCCGUACAUAAUAUAUUAUACCGUAUAAGCAAUUAACAAUGUGUAUUACCUAGGCAUUGUUUAUUUUAAAUUCAAGAAACUAAAACGAUUUUGAAUUUACAAAAAUGAAUGUAGUAAUUGUCGCUAUACUAAUUUUAGAUAUUUUCGUUAUCGGCGGAAUAGCAAAUGUAGUUAUUGAAUACAAAUCACAUACAGAUAACUAUGACAUCACAACAAUUUAUAAAACAACGUCAGUAUAUAAUUUCGGAGAAGGAAGCAAUCGAAAACCUCCCAAUGUAACCAAGUGUUUCAGGUGCUAUGAUGCAAAAAUUCAUUUGAGAACUAAUGCUAUUGGUAUGCCAAUUGAGUUUAAUGGAUUAAUUCUGAGUUCCGAUAAGAAAAGUUUAGAAUUCAUAGUAGACAGAAAGUAUAAAACCACCAUUUCCACGCGAAACCAAAUUGAGUAUAACAUCAAAGAAUGGACCAUCUCGAAAUUAUCUAUGGCUGAUCCAGCUGGAAUUUUGAAAAACAAUCCCGAUUAUGAAUUAUUAUUGUGGAAUGCUAAAAGCAAUGCAGAAUCGUUCAAAAUUAAAUGGAAGCAAAGGAAUUUAAUGAAAAUGUGUAUAUCUGUAUCAUAUUUACUAGAAGAUGAGUCUAAAUGUAAUUUUUCAAUAAACUUAACUGAUGAAAAUAGUCCUCGAGUUAUAUAUUCUACUAAUAUAAAGGAAUCGAAAGUACUAAAAACGGUAUUGUUUAAAAGUGUUGAUUGGUUAUAUGAAAACAAAACAUACACUUUGUACUUUAAUCUCGAAAAGAAAUCAUCAAUAAUACGAAAGUACACGUACGACGAAUAUUAUGAAAUUGAUAGAUGGAGUGAUGAUAUAAUAUACGAAGAAGGUUGUAAAAUUGGAAUCAAACGAAUAGCUCAGUGUACAGACGAGUAUGAAAAUGAAGAAAUAUUGACAGUAACUGCAGAAGAAUUACGAAGUACACGAUAUUAUAAAGGAACAUUGUUUACCUUCAAUGUUUAUCCGUUUGAUGUCAAUACGCAGCAGAUGGAAUCUAUAUCGCAACCUUCAGUGUGCGCUAACGGAGGAUUUCCAAACAAAAACGGUUGUACGUGUCCUCCCGGUUUCAAAGGCAAUACAUGCGAACACGGUUGCGGACCGAACAAGUUUGGCGUCGACUGCACCGGAAUAUGUUCAAUGCGUCAAACACAAUGUCGGCAGAUGAUGUUUUGUACCAAAGGUUUUGGGUGCAACUGUCCGGCGGGAUAUAGAGGAGGCGAUUGUACCACAGAAUGUGCGAGUGGUACGUACGGCGUAAAUUGCAACCAACUAUGUUCAGAGCGAUGUAAUUCAACAUCAUGUGACGCUUACACCGGUGCUUGCAACACAGGAUGUGCGUCUAGCUACAUAGCACCGGAUUGUAAAGAAAAGUAUCCGUGGCUCAAAUCUCCACCACAGCUUGAGUCGUCGGAUUUGAAGUCACUAAAAUUGAAAAUUGAUUUUAAUUCAGAAAACAUACAAGGCAGUAGAAAUGUUAACUCUGUCUACUACCAAAUCAUAUUUAAGACCACGUCAAAUGAAUCGGAAUUCAAACAAUUGGAACUAAAAGAAAUCAGAGAACAAAACUCCGUUAUAGAAAUCAUAGACAAUCUCAAACCAGGAAUAUCAUACUCCUUUGGUGUGAUGCUAGUUGCAGAAGACGGAAAUUCCAACAAAGAGGAUAUACAAAUAGUGAAUUACACAACCAAGUGCCUAUUGUCAAGAAACAUAAAUUAUGACGUAAGCUUAUUGAGUGGUAUAGACUACAUCAAUGUUACUUGGAACAAGCUUAAUGAUCAAAACGAAGAAGACUGCUAUAUAACAGGUUACUUGUUGAAACUUAUGAUGGUGAACACACCUCUACAGCAACAAGGUUUUUCAGAAGAAGUAAUAUCCAAUGAUAAUCAUGGAUAUGUAUUUGAAAAUCUACUAUAUGGUGAAAAAUACGCAGUUCAAGUAACAGCAAUAUCGGCUACGGGUCACGCUAAAGCAUCUGAAAUAUCAUAUAUUUACACUGAGCCGUAUGGAUUUGUGCAAAUAAGAAACAUAAAAGCCAAACUAAACCAAAGUUCAUCACUCAUAAUAACGUGGGAUGUUGACGAAAAAUACGCAAAUACGCCGUUACAUUAUAACAUUAAAUACAAGAUCAAUAGGUAUUUUAGUUGUUCAAACGAGAUCAUAGCAAAUAUAUGGACAUCGAUAUUAGUUUACAAUCAGACGCGAAUCGAAAUCUGGGAUUUGAUACCAAACACACAGUAUGUUAUAAAAGUUGAACCCACAAUUAAAGGAUAUACUUACAACGACAAUACUAAUAUUAUUUUCGUAAAAACGCCUAUCUCUAAUCCAAAAUUAAUACCUAUAAUGACCAAUGACGAAAAUGGUUCGUACAUAACCAAUCAAAGCGCAUACUUCAAUUGGACGAUAAACAAGACCGAGUGUUCUAAACUAAAUGGUUUAUUUCAAGGAUACCAGGUCAUACUUAAAGUUAGCAUAAUUAUAGCUUUUCAAUACCAACACCUAUAUAUAUACAUUUAA